AGACACACCACAAGAAUUCACACCUCUAACUCUAAGGGAAAUUCAGAGUGUAGAGAUAUUAUUAUUGUUUUGAGAGGAAGAUCAAGAAGAGUACAACAAUGGAGAUGGAGAAGAAGAAAGGAGAAAACAAGUUUCAGAAAAGCCACUUCGAGGUUUUGGGACUGUGCUGUUCUUCAGAAGUGCCUCUCAUAGAAAACAUCCUCAAACCCCUCGAAGGGAUAAAACAAAUCUCUGUCAUUGUUACUACAAGGACCAUCAUUGUCCAUCAUGAUCCCCUCCUCAUUUCCCAAAUUCAAAUUGUGAAAGCUCUAAAUGAAGCAAGAUUGGAGGCAAACGUAAAAUUACAUGGGAAGGGAAUUAGCCAGAAGAAAUGGCCAAGUCCUUUUGCAAUAGCUAGUGGGUUGCUUCUAACGGCGUCGUUUUUGAAGUACGUGUACCACCCAUUGCGGUGGCUGGCCAUCGGCGCCGUGGCCGCCGGCAUCUCUCCGAUUCUCCUAAAAGCCAUCGCCGCCGUUCGCCACCUUAGAAUUGAUGUCAACAUUCUUGCAAUUAUUGCUGUUGUAGGGACAAUUGCUAUGAAUGACUAUAUGGAAGCUGGGAGCAUUGUGUUCUUGUUUUCCAUUGCUGAAUGGCUGGAGUCAAGAGCAAGCCAAAAGGCAAGUUCUGCAAUGUGCUCACUUAUGAGCCUAGCCCCUCGAAAGGCAGUGAUUGCAGAGAGUGGAGAGGUUGUGGAUGCAAAAGAGGUAAAAUUGAAGAGUGUAUUGGCUGUGAAGGCAGGAGAAGUCAUUCCCAUUGAUGGCAUUGUUGUGGAAGGAAAUUGUGAAGUUGAUGAGAAAACAUUGACUGGAGAAACUUUCCCAGUUCCCAAACACAAACAUUCUCUUGUUUGGGCUGGUACUAUCAACUUGAAUGGUUACAUUAGUGUUGAAACUAGUGUUGUAGCUGAGGAUUGUGUGGUGGCAAAAAUGGCUGAGCUUGUCGAAGAAGCUCAAAAUAGCAAAUCCAAAACCCAGAGAUUCAUUGAUGAAUGUGCCAAAUAUUACACUCCAGCUGUUGUUGUCAUAUCAGCUUGUGUUGCAGCCAUUCCAGCUGCAUUAAGAGUUCACAACCUCAGCCAUUGGCUUCACUUAGCUCUGGUGGUUUUGGUGAGUGCAUGUCCCUGUGCCCUAAUCCUCUCCACCCCGGUCGCCGCCUUCUGCGCCCUCACGAAGGCCGCCACGGCUGGAGUUCUCAUCAAAGGCGGCGACCACCUUGAAAUUCUUGCCAAGAUCAAGGUCAUGGCCUUCGACAAAACGGGGACUAUUACUAGAGGUGAAUUUGUUGUCACCGAUUUUCGAGCUCUUCGGGACGAUAUUAGCUUGCACACCUUGCUUCAUUGGGUUUCAUGCAUUGAGAGCAAAUCCAGCCAUCCCAUGGCAGCUGCACUUGUCAACCAUGGAAGGUUGCUUUCCGUCCAUAUAAAUCCCGAAAACGUCGAGGAAUUUGAGAACUUUCCAGGAGAAGGUGUUCGUGGAAAGAUAGAUGGAAAUGAUAUCUACAUUGGAAGUAGAAAGAUUGCUGCCAGAGCUGGCUGCACAACAGUUCCGAGCUUAGACGAUGAAACGAAACAAGGGCUGACUGUCGGAUAUAUAUUCCGUGGGGCGACCAUAGCUGGAUCCUUCAGCCUUUCGGAUGCUUGUCGUUCGGGAGUUAGAGAGGCGAUCAAGGAGAUUAAGAGUUUUGGUAUAAAAACAGCUAUGCUCACUGGAGAUUGUAGUGCAGCAGCCGCACAUGCCCAAGAACAGCUCGGGGAUGUGCUCGACGUAAUCCAUUCCGAACUUCUACCUAAGGAGAAGGCAAAUAUCAUAAAAGAACUCAAAAGGGAUGGACCAACCGCCAUGGUUGGAGAUGGCUUAAACGACACCCCAGCAUUAGCCACAGCUGAUAUUGGCAUAUCAAUGGGUGUUUCAGGUUCAGCACUGGCCACUGAAACUGGGAAUGUGAUCCUAAUGUCAAAUGACAUGAGAAAAAUUCCAAAAGCCAUCAAACUAGCAAAGAAAUCUCAUGCUAAAGUAGUUCAAAAUGUAAUUCUCUCGAUCGGCACGAAGACUGCGAUCCUCGCCUUGGCAUUUGCCGGGCAUCCGCUCGUCUGGGCGGCCGUGCUUGCUGAUGUCGGUACAUGUGUGGUGGUUAUUUUAAACAGCAUGCUCCUUUUGAGAGGAGCUGAUCGCCACACAAAUGUGAAUAAAUGUUGCAAAUCUGCCAAACCAUGUUCGACAAAACAUGGACGAUCGUCUCAUCAUCAUGAUCAUCGUCACCACCAUAAUCACCGAUGCCAUGUCGUUGACGAUAAAUCAACCUGUCGUCUCGAGAAUCAUGUCCAUAAGCAUUGUUGUUCUGAGAAAAUUAAGGCUCAUAAGCUUCAUCUUGAUCCUCAUGAAAAUAGAAUUCAAGGUGAUCAAUCAUGUGAGGAAGAACACAAUGGAAGUAAUGGAAAUUCUUCUAGGAAAGUGAGUGAAUCAAAUUGUAAUUGCCACUCACAUCAUAUUUCUAUUGACAUUCAUGAAGGUAGUAAUUGUGAGAGAAUAGAGCACAAAUAAUAAAUAGUUUCAUAUGAGGAUCUAAUGGUUAAUUGGUUGAGUUUGAAGAAUGAGAGAAAUCUGAUGGCCUUUGCAAGAGAUUUAUAUGUACUUUUUCUUGUAGCUUUCUUCUUUGAAUUAAGCUGUUGAGUGUAUUAAGCAAAGGGCUGUUUCUCUAACUCUCAUUUUUCUUGUCUUUUGCUUUAACUUGUUAUCUUCAAUUGUAAAUUCUGUUAGCACAUCCUUUUCAGCAGUUAAUCCUCUGUUGGAAAUGUACCUAGUAGCCACUAGUAAUACACAAGAGGAAGACUCAAACCUUCUUUCUUAGAGUGGAAAUGUACGUAUAACUUAAACAUAUAACGAUCGGUAUGUUGUUAUUCAUAUUGUCUAUUCGUAGGUCUCGUUAUCUUUGUGGAUAGAGAUAAAAGAUCCUAUCCCACCUUAUUCUCUUAUUCGGAAGAACUUUGAAGAAUUUGACCGUAGAAUUAUGAACUUCAUAUAUUAUAAGAAUUACCAUGAUAAAAGCACUAAUUAAAAGAUAAAGUGAAGAAAGAAGAUACCAUAUAGUUUAUACAGGUUCACCUCACCUCUUUAAAUGGAUUAUGCCAAAUUUUCUGCUACCGUUGCAUGUUAUU